AUGCCUCAAGCUCGUCCCCUCAAGCGGCCUAGCGACGCCGGCGAUGUUCCCGGAGGAUCCGACGCGGCGGCGCCCAAGGCGAAACUGGCACGCCUCGAUCGUGGACCCGAGGAGUUCUCUAGUGUCGUCAAGAGCAAGUUGCAGUCGUACACGCGAACGGGGCAGGCCUGCGAUCGAUGCAAGGUCCGCAAAAUCCGCUGCGAUGCCCUCCCUGAAGGCUGCUCCCACUGCACCACACAGAACCUCGAAUGCUAUGUUACGGACCGCGUGACCGGCCGGACCGAACGACGCGGCUACUUGCAGCAACUCGAGCGCGAGAAGGGCGCUAUGCUGGUCCAUAUUCGAGAACUCGAGAAGCUUCUGGAGAGCAACGACGUGGUAGUACGGCCCUGGCAAUGGCCAGGCUAUACGACCACCUACCCACCUGGGGUCACUUUCGACCACCACGGCAACGCCGUUCAACAAGACCCGUCUUCUAAAGACCAAUGGCAACAAGUUGGAUUGGUAUGGGUCAAGAACGACUUGUCCAAACCACCAACAAAUAGAAAUGGCGGCCCAACUCCGUGGUCGAUGCUCUCGUCGAGACCCAAUGAUAGCUAUCUGGGAGUUUCUUCCGACAGCGCCCCCCUGAGCUCCAUCAACGGGACGACGUUGUCCGUUCUGGGCACCCAUAUUGAUAUUACAUGCUCCGACGCCCCCGACAUGGACGAACCCGCCCCUGGCACGCCGAUCGGGUCGCCACUCUACAACAAAUCUCUGAUGGCUCUCCUUCAAUCUAGCCUCAAUAUUAACCCCCCGCUCACAAACGUCGAGUUGCCUUCCAAGCAAGAUGCGUUUCAAUAUGCAGAGUGGUAUUUCCUCAUGGUUUGGCCGUUUCUUCCAACGCUUCACAAGCCAUCAUUUAUGCAAUUGUUGACUCGCAUGUACGAGGAUCCAACACAUAAACCAACCGUGCCGGAGAUGGUGACGAUACACAUGGUUUUUGCGACAAUCUACUUUCAGUAUGGCAUCAGGAACCGGGAGGAGCCGGAGAAGUACGCUCAGCUCAAUGAAUUGUCUAACAAGCAUUAUCAUUGGAGCAUAAGCAAGCUUUUUGACCUUGCCUCCUCACAAUCGGUGGCCACUGUUCAAGCUCUGGCCAUGAUCGCGGCUCACACCCGCAACUUCCCAAAGCCCGAAUGUUGCUUGGCUGUCUCCACUUAUGCAUUUGGGAAAGCGAUCGAAAUGAACCUCCACCGAGCCGCCAAAAUCCCGGGCGGCGGAACCACGUUGGAGAACGAGCUGCGAAAGAGGACAUGGUGGGCGGUUCUCGCCAUUUUCUGCACCAUUAACGGCCGGCUCGGCCGCCCGAUGCCGAUCUCGAUAGAGGAAUUUGACGCAGACUUUCCGAUUCCUAUCAAUGAUGAAUAUCUGGGAGAAGAAGGGAUCCUUGACCCUUCCAAGAUCGGUCAUUGUAACUACAGUGCAGGCAUCGCCGGGUUCAAAAUCACGCCGCUGUACAUCGAGAUGUACGCCAAGAUUUACAGCGUCCGCCGCGAUCCCAGCAAGUAUGUCCAAGUGGUCAACCAGUUGGAACAAGCACUCCAUAAUUUCCUGGACGAGCUGCCGGAUGAGCUCAGGGUGGGCAAAUGCGCGCCUACAAACCAGGUCUUUGCGCUGUAUUGCCAGGCCUUCUGCCUGGAAUUCACUUUGUGUCUGAGGCACCCCUCGGUUUGUCCAACGGACGACCCCAAAAUCUGCGCUGAAAACACCAGAGUUUGCGAAGAUACUGCUCGGAAGCUCCUCAAGGUCGUCGGUUCCCUGUACAAGCUUAAGUCCUUGGACACCACUUGGUACCAGCAAGCAGUCUAUAUCGGCGCUAUGUUUUCCACGCUGGUGGCGCACUGGCAGCGGCGCUACGAGAUUACUGCCUUUGAAGUCGCUUCUCUGCGUAGCGACAUGUCGCUCUGGCUGCAAAUUAUCGCAGAAAUUGGGAAACUUCUAGGCACUGGGAACCGGGUCGCUUCCGAGGUAGGGGCCGUCAUUGAGCGUACCAUCAACUGGAUAGAGCGGGACAUGACUCGGCCGCCUGGUUCACCCGCCAGACAAGUUGCCAUUAAGCAGCAAUCUCCCUCGUAUCAGCAAGCCUUGACAAGUAAGCAACCACUGGAUAACGCAUUGGCUCCCAGUGGUGCUCGAGCGACCGUCUCCGAGUCUCGCAACCCCGCUACAACCAACGGCACCAGCUAUUACGAUCCUGGGCUAGCGACUCCCGCGACUUCUUACCCCACGCUCAACUACGGCGAGCAGACGGCUAGCGCAGUUUCCCUGGGGCAAAAUGGGGCUGGAGUAGUUGACUCAACGGACGGGGCCCAGUAUCUCUACGCAGCAGCGUCAGCCGCGACGGCCGCGACCACAUCCAACACCACAACCGUCGCUAUGGAGCAAGCAGCAGCAGCACAAAACCCCCUGAUAGCCUUUGCAUCGCAGGCAACCCAGCACGUGUCCGGGCAGGCGGCAAAUGGGUGGAAUCCACAACCUACGCUAUUAGCACAUAACGGGACCUCAGCAAAUACGUGGCAAGACUGGACGAAUGCGAUUCAGGACACACAAGAUCGAUACAGCGCCAAUGCGCUACUAACACUCAACUCCGGUCGGUCAGGGGACGUGGGCGCCAGUGGAGUAGUUAACCCGCACGCCCCAGGCCCAGGCGACGCAUUAAGCGGCGCGCAUACCGGGCAAUGGCCCCUUUUGCUGUUCCAUGACGGAUCUGGGAAUGUCAGCGGACCAUGA